GUACUGGGGCGGCGGGGUCUUCUGCGCGGAGAACGACAUGUCCAGGGCCGCGGCUUUCGGCGCGCCCCAGGUGUGCACCGGCAACGGUGACGUGGCGUUGCCCUACGGUGAUGUGCACUACUUCGGCCUGGGUCUGAGCGUGAUGAUCUUCUUGGUCUUCAUCCAGGCGGUGGGCUCUCCCUUCAUGAAGAACUGCUCCGUUGCCUUGGAUGGCACCUCUCUGCCCUACGUGAACGGCGACAAGAUCGAGCAAGCCGGCGUCUUCACCUUCCUCUGGACCACCACCUUCAACAUCGGCUUCUACCCUCCAGCUUUCAUCCCUCUGCUGCUGGGCUUCGUGAUCACGGCGGUGGAGACGGUCGGUGACAUUCAGGCCUCGUGCGAUGUCAGUGGCCUGCCCAUCGAGGGCCCAGAUGCCGACUCCCGUAUCCAGGGCGGCCUGCUGGCCGACGCCGUGAACAGCUUCCUGGCCUGCUUGAUGACUUGUCCGCCCAACACGACCUUCUCCCAGAACAACGGCGUGAUCGCCAUCACGCGCUGCGCUUCCCGGGCCGCGGGCAUCGCCUGCUGCUUCUGGCUCAUCCUGCUGGGCUGCUUCGAGAAGUUCGGAGCCGCCAUCGCCUCCAUUCCCGAUGCUGUGCUGGGUGGCAUGACCACCUUCCUCUUUGCCAACGUGCUCGUCUCGGGCAUCAACAUCGUGGGUGGCAGCGGGCAGAUGGGUCGGCGCACGCGCUUCAUCCUCGCCGUCUCCCUCGGCGUGGGCGUUGGAGUCGCGGCCCUUCCAAACUGGGCCGAGGGCGGUGGUCUUGCCGGCUUCCACGGCGGCAACCUCAAGCACAACAUCGGCCUCUGGCCGGCCAAGGACGUCUGCAAGGUCUUCCCGACGGAGGAGUACGAAUCCCAGGC